UCCACUCACACCACUUCGCCCACACUCGACACUCGACACUAAUCACCCCUCGCAUCUCAUUCACCAUGGCUGUCCGUGCCCAAUUCGAAAACUCAAACGAUAUCGGCGUUUUCUCUCGCCUCACAAACUCUUAUGCCCUCGUGGCGAUCGGCGGCUCGGAGAACUUUUACAGUGUCUUUGAGAGCGAGCUCGCCGAUGUCGUCCCUGUCGUCCACACCUCCAUCGCCGGCACUCGAAUUAUCGGCCGGCUGACCGCUGGAAAUCGCCAUGGCUUGCUUGUCCCAAACUCGACGACGGAUCAGGAGCUGCAGCAUCUGCGAAACGCCCUUCCGGACCAGGUCGCCAUCCAGCGAGUCGAGGAGCGACUCUCGGCGCUGGGGAACGUCAUCGCCUGCAACGACUAUGUUGCGCUGGUACACCCUGACAUUGAUCGGGAAACCGAGGAAAUCAUUGCCGAUGUUCUCAAGGUCGAGGUCUUCCGACAGACCAUCGCCGGCAAUGUCUUGACCGGCAGUUACGCGGCUUUUAGCAACCAGGGCGGCAUCGUCCACCCCAAGACGUCGAUUGAAGAUCAGGAUGAACUCUCUGCCCUCCUGCAAAUCCCGCUGGUUGCCGGAACAGUCAACCGCGGCUCCGAUAUGAUUGGAAGUGGGCUGGUCGUCAACGACUGGUGUGCCUUUGCCGGUCUGGACACCACCAGUACCGAACUCUCUGUCAUCGAGAGCAUCUUCAAGCUGCAAGACAGCCAGCCGUCCUACGUCGUCAACCAGAUGCGCGACUCUUUGAUCGACAGCAUGGCGUGAUCUACGCUCGGCCCUCAAUAAACUAGUUCACCGUGAUCAUGGAACGGACCCUGCUUGAGUGCAACGGCACCCUCUUCUGAUUCCUGAAUACACGCCCAUCUGCCUUGGACGGCACCUACCCACCCUCGAU